AUGGAGACAAAAGGAAGAGUGCUGAAAUUGUGGAGUUUCAAACAAGCUCGUCUAUUUGUGAAUAGCAAACUAGCUGCUGUUGACAAGACGAAUUGCACCUCCCAGCAAUUGACGAAAGAUAAGGACGACAAUGAUUCAUAUUUUAUUGGUGGCGCAAAGUUACUUGGGUUCACUAAUACGCUCCGUGGAGAUUCUAACAAUGGUACGAGUAAGCAUCAGAUUCCAUGUCAUCCAAAUGCUUCAGUGAUGACUCUCAACGAAAAUAUGCCAUCCCCGGAGCGACCGGGUACCAGGCCAUCACCAGCCACUGCUUUUUUGUUGAAACGAAUUUCUGAAGCUAACAUGCUUGAGACAGAUCAGUUUUACGAGAGGAUAUCACGUGAUAGUGGAAAUGAGAAGAAUCGUUUUCUAAAUCUACCAGCACCGUAUCAUCUGUUACCUGACACACCUUACUUUCGUCGUGCGCCAAUUGUGCCUCCACCAACAAGGUUACAACAUGUCUAA